CCACUAUCUAUGCAAGUGGCCUCAUCUUUGCGCAAAAGACUAACAACUAACAAUCAAAUUCUAUCCCCCGACGAUGCCAUCGAACUGAGAAAAUUUAAAACCGAUCGCAAAAGUAAAAGCAACCGGAGCUCCAAGCAGAGUAGCGCGGAAUCUGUAACGUAUGCUAAGAGCUCUUCCCGCGAUAGUUCGGAUCUAGAAAUAGAGACUUAUAUUGGUAGGCGUAGACAAAAAAACGUGUCCUACCGCGAUGAAGAAAAAUCACAACUUAUUUGUUACAAAGAUAAUACCAAAGUUAUUACUAUUAAAAACGAUUCGAGACACACUAGGUAUAACACUUUCGAUAUGAAAUGCGACGACAGAAAAGGAAAACUAGUUAAAUACAAAUCUCUUGAUAUUCCUGAUACUAAGACUGUAGUAAAAUACUUAGAACCUAAGAGUAAAGUUUCAAUAUCUGCCGAAGACUUCACCUCAGACUAUAAAGCAACAAAAUUUGAUAGGAAAAGAUAUAAACACGAUAUCAUAACCGAUACAGUAGAUGCGUGGGCUAAAAAGGGCGGUAAAUAUAUGUUUUCUAACCUAAAAAAUUCGUUGUUUAAAAAUAAUGCAGAGAAAGAAAAAGACGUACUGUUUAAACCUUUAGUUUUUGGUGGUACUUAUCCCAUUGAUUUUCCUACUUUCGAAAACAAAUUGAAUUCAAAGCAGCUGGAAGUUAAACUUAAUAAUAACAAAGUAAAUAAACCUAAGAAUGUUGACGUUUGUCAAAAACCGCAAAUAAGAGAGUAUGGUCCUGCUAGGACUUUUGAUAUUGAUCAACCUAUAUAAGCUUGUUUAGAGGACACUGUAAAUGCGAACAAAAUGACACUUACAUUCUAUUUUUAAACAAAGUCAACUUUUCAAUACCAUUUUUAUAAUACAAUUUGUCUAGCCUCAAAAUAAGCCUUAGUUUCGGCGAUUACCUCUUCAUUGGUGCUAAAUUUCUUUCCAAAGAGCAUUCUCUUGAGCUCAUCGAAUAGGUGGUAGUCGCUGGGAGCCAUAUCUGGUGAAUGUGUUGGCUGCGGAAGCAAUUCAAAGCCCGUUUCAUGAAAUUUUGCCAUCGUUUUCAUUAAUUUGUGACACGGUGCGUUGUCUUGAUGAAAUUGCACUUUCUUCUUCUUCAAAUGGGACCGUUUUUUCGCGAUUUUCGACCUUCAAACUCUUCAAUAACGCAAUGUAAUAGUCGCUGUUAAUGUUUUUUCCAUCUUGUCAGUUUAACCUUGCCAGCCGACUGUCUUUCCACGCUUUGGAAUCGGUUCAUCACGUGCAGUCCACUCGGCCUACUGUCGAUUGUACACUGUAACAUUUCGACGCAAAAAUUUGGUUCUAUUACGAUUGAACAGCUUUAGCUUCAAAUACUUCUCAGAAUCAUGAAUUCGUUGUUGUUUUUGAUCGAUUGUGAGCUCUCUCGGCACCCACUUUGCACAAAGCUUUCGCAAACCGAAAUAUUCAUGAACAAUAUAUCCAACACGUUUCUUUUGAUAUCUUGAGACGAGUCUCAGCUAUCUAGAACAACUUCACUUUAAGUUCAUCCAAUAUUACUUUGUGGACUUUUUUUGAUAUUUUCGUCUGUAACAGCCUCUUUGGGGAGCCACUGCGUGCAUCGUCCUCAGUGCUCAUUUCGCUUCGUUCAAACUUAGCAAAUCACUUCUCAACGGUUGAUUUUCCUGGUCCAGAUUUUCCUGGACCAAGAAAAUCAACCGAAAAAUUUUUUGCGGUUGGGUCCAGAUAAUCUUUAUCAAGCCAAGCCUUGGCUUCAACAAAUUGUUUUUUCGCCAAAAAGCAAUGCUAAGACACGAAAUUCCUUUUUAUCUAUUUUUUUUAAACUAACUCAAGUUGCGUCAAAUUUUAUAGAUUCUAAUAAAGAUAGCUUAAGGCCUUUAUUUUGAAUAUGGAGAAUUUUAAAUUGGUCAUUGGAAGAAUGAUUAUGAUCUAGAAAUUAAAGUGCGCACCUAGAAUCUGUUUUUCUAUUAUUCAAAGACAUUUUGUGUUCUACUAUACGUUUGUGAAAGGGUUUACCAGUUUGACCGAUGUAAGUUUUUGGUCAAUAGUAGAUGUAAGAGUCAUUUUGUUCAAUGAAGUUAGAUAAACAUUGAACAUUUUUUUUAGAAUCUUUGUUUUUUGCGAUGAGAGGGUCUUAAGAAAAGCAAUUUAUUGAACGUUAAACUAAUGGUAAUCUUUAUAUCUUUAAAAAUAAUAAUGUACGUAACUAUGUGAUAUUUUUGGUGAUUACAUAAUAUAUUUAAUUUUUAUUCCAAAAAAUUUUAAAUUCUAUUUCAUACAAUCAUUUGUUUUAUAAAACACGUAUCAGGAAAAAUUGUAUAUUUUUUACAUUUAAUGAAAAUUUGUAUUUGUAAAUAUAAUUCCACACUUUACUGAUAUCAUAUUGAUUGCAAGUUGAUUUUCAUUAUAUUCCGUCAUUUGCAACAGUUUUCUGAGGUUUUUUUUUUAUAUUUUCGUUUUUGGUGCAGCGUUUACUUUAUUGGUACGAUAAUUACCUCCAAACAGGACACUUUCCUGAGUACUGGAAGAAGUCAGAUAUGGUUUGGUUGCCAAAGAAAGACGGCUUGAAAAGGAAGGUCUUUGAUUAAUGUGUACUCCCAUUGCUAACGUAUGGAGCAGAAAUAUGGACCCUUACCAGAAACGUAAUUAAUUAAAUACAAGUGGCACAUAUAGAAAAGGGGAGGUCAAUGUUAAAUAUAUCCCUCAGAGACAGAACCCAUAAAAGGGUUCUUUGUAUGUCUCUGAAAACAAAAAGAGUCAAAAACAACACUUAUAUUUUCUUCGUCCUUAAAAUUAUUAUAUACACUGCUCGUCAGAGAAAACGGGCACCCCAAAAAAUGGGUCAUUUUUGAUGUCUCAUAUCUCCUAAACAUGUUGUCCGAUUUAAGUAAUUUUUGAAGUUAUACUUCUUUAGGCGCGAUUGAGAUUGAGGGUGAAUUUAUAUUGAUCUGCGCGCAUGCGCACACCGACAGUAUGGUAUUAGUCGUUAUACGGGCUCUGAUUGGGUGUUGAAAUGAUCUGUCAUUAAUAAAUAAUUGUUCAAUAUGAAGGUAAACAAAUGUAUAAUAUAUUAGUUUUAUUGUUGUGAGCACAGAAACAAAAAAGUUUAUAAUUGUAGUGACAUUUAAAUAGUUUUUAAAAGCAACAGGUACGUAAUAAUUGUAAAUGUUUCAUAGGUACCUACCUAUUUGAACCUACCAAAAUACAUAGUAUGUAAUAUUUUUAUUUACAUAAUUUGAUUACCAUCAAAAUUUCUAUCAAUGUUCACCUAAUAUAUUGUUUUCUUACUCUAUGUUUUGUUUUAUUUUUUCAAUUCUAAAUCCUUUCAAUUCAAAAUCAAAAUAAUUUAAUUUAAUUCAAAAAUGUCAAAAGCUUAAUCCGUUUAGUUAGUCGAUCUUCGCACAUAAUGACACAUUGCCUCCGUGGCGAAGCAUUUAAGGCGGUUCGAAUCCCAAUAAAAACUGUUGUUUUUUUAUUUUUUUAUACAUUUUAUGAUUGUAAGUAUAUUUAUUAUAUAAUUUUAUUUUCAGAAAAUACGUAUUUAGUUAAAAAAAUUUCCGACAUUUAAUGUUCAGAAAUCAUUUGUGGCAUUUUUAAUGUGUUUGUGUGUGUUUUAUUCUUUUAUUAUUUUAAUUUUUGGCACUGUUUUAAUAAAAAUAUUUAAGAAGUAGUAAGUAUAAAUUAGUUUAAUAUUUAAAUAAAAUAUAAAUAAAAAGUAUAUUAAUUUCGUUUAAAUCAUAUAAUAGAAGUAUAACUUCUUACGUGCGUACAAAGUACACACACACAUUCUUUUUUAAAUGUGUUAUAGCCUUAUUUUGUAACAAUAUCUCUGUAAUAAUAUUGUUGCUAAACAGGUAAAUUUUCAUUGUAUAACAGGUGUACGAAUCAAACUGUGUUUUUUUCUCAAAGUUCGCGACACCCUGUGGAAUAUUCUAGCAUUUAUAAAAUAAUGAAAUUAAAACCCAACUAUAGCCUCAGGUUUUAUAACGUUUUGUUUUUUGAUUCAGUCGCUUAUGUUGGAUAAUACAAAAGUUCAUUAUUGGUCAUUAUUUUUUCAUUCAGAAUUACCCCUUAAAGUUUUUCGCACUUAUUUAGAAACACCCUGUACUGAUGAAGAACAUGGCUAGUUGUUAAAGUACCUAACUUUUGUAUUAUCCAACAUAAGCGAAUGAAUAAAAAAAACAGAAUGUUAAGAAAACCUGAGGCUAUAGUUGGGUUUUGAUUUCAGUAUUUUAUAAAUGCUGGACAACUUCACAGGGUGUUGCGAAUUUUGAGAAAAAAAACACAAUUUGAUUCGUAUACCCGGUAUACAAUGAAAAUUUACCUGUUUAGCAACAAUAUUGUUACAGAAUAAGGCUAUAACAUAUUAAAAAAUUACUUAAAUCGGACAACAGGUUUAGGAGAUACGAGACAUCAAAAAUUACCCAUUUUUUGGGGUUCCCGUUUUCUCCGACUCGCAGUGUAUUUUGACAUCUGACCUAACUUUUUUCGCUUUUCAUUACUGCUACUAGUUAUUAAAAGUAGUAUUAUUAAAAAAAAAUUGGAAAACUAAUCGCCUCAGAAAACUGGCAAAGCAGAAUGACUUAAGAUCAAAUAAUCGAAAUCGAAAACAUCUAUUUAAAUCCUUGUAGCUCUUAUAGCAUUUCUUUCAAAAUUUUACAACUACCUACUUAUAGUAAAUUCUAAUUGGUAACACGUCAUAAAGAUAAUAUUUGUUUUUCUGUUACCAGAUUCGAGACCAUCAGAAAUUAGUUAUAAACGAUAUUACCAAAGAGUUUACAUUUCCUUGGCUUAUCUAUAUGGUUUCAUUCAGGUAUCCUGUGGAUCUAUUUAUUCUAAUCACUUGAGUCACUUCUGUUUUGAGAUUUUGACAGCUAGACAGUGUGAUGCCCAGACAUUUAAACUCUAUCAUAUCUGUCUCUUCACCUUCAGUUUACAUCUUAGUAGAUUUGGUGAACUAUUCCAUCCGAGUCGUGCUAAUUUAAUAAAUUUCACAAUGUCAACAUCCUAAAAAAUUCUUUUUCUUUCUUCUUCUUUAGCAGCCUCUUCUAGUCCAGGCUUGAACAUAGGCCUCCCCUUGUGGUUUCCAUAUUUGCUUGUCUUGAGCUAUCUGGUGCUAGUAUCUUCCUGCCUUUUCUUCUUCUUCCAUCUUUUUUGCGGUCUUCCUAUGCCUCGUGAUCUUGGUCGACAUUGUCUUAUUCUUUUUCGCCACUACUCUUUCUCUUACCACAUGUCCUGCCCAUUUCCAUUUAGAUUUUGUGAUAGCUUACAGUCGGAAAAAUGAAAAAAUACCCAUGAACGAUCACAUCAAUCACUUAUUUUGUAUUUGCUGUAUUUUUCUGUAACAAACGUUUUGUUAUUUAUACGUUGUGAGCUCGUAGGUAGAGGGGAUAAUUAAAAAUUCGCGAGCGCCAGUAGUGACAAGUUUGUAAACCUUUACUGGAAAUUUGCUUUUCGACGUUCUGCAUUAAGAGUUGCAUAUUAUAGCUUUUAAAUGUCUCACGAAAGUUGUUGUAUUAAAGAGUGUCGAAAUACUGGUUACAAUAGUAACUGUGUAUUCUACAACUUUCCUGUCGCUAAGCAUAAGGUGAUUCACCGACAAAAAUGGAUUGAUGCAAUUAGAAAAAAGUAAGUAAACACAAUUUUAAUUUUAAAACGGUAGAAAAAUUUGGUCUUUCUUGACGGUCCAGUUAGCUGGGGCGCAGUCGAUCGACAAGUUUAGUGGAUUUGCGAUUUGUGGUCGCUGGUUCGAGCCUCAGCUAGGUCAUGAAAUUUAUAAAAGGCCAACGCCGUAGUAUAAAACUCGAUAGAGUCUACGGCUUGGUCUGGAUAAACUGGCGUCGGAUCGGUCUAUGGAGGAGCGGUACGGUAAGAGAUAAGGGCUUGCGGCUUGGUGAUACUCCUUCAUAGAUCCCUACCGAAGGGCGUUGACGCCUAAGAACGGUGUAUACAUACAGAAAAAUUUGAGCUAAAGAAUCAGUUAGCAUACUUUCGAAUUUUGACGGUUUCAAUUUUACAAUCCAAUCCUGAAACAAAAUUUGAAUGCGUGAAGAUAACGCCCAAUCACAGCAAACGUAGGAUGCCGUUAACUGUCAUUCAUAAGUUAAUAUUUAUGAAGUAUUAUACUAUAAUUAUAUUAAAUUAUUAUACUUUUUUGCAGAAUAAAUUUUUUCUAAUAUUAGUUGUCAACAUAAACGUCAAAGCGAUAAGCAAAAUCUUAAAAAUAAUCACAAUGAAUAAUAAAUUCUGUACUUACUGCUAUUAAUUAUCGAUUACAAUCCAAUUACUUCUUUACGUUGUAAAUAUUACACGGUAAGAAUUAAAUAAUAAGUUUGAAACAACUAUUAUUUGCUUUUCUACUGCCCUCUUUAAAAUUCCAGCCGAAAUAGGAACACUAGUGAACCGUUAGAUGGCGAUAGUAGCCAUACCAGCGAAACUCACAGAGUAUAGGCAACACUUUUUCUUUCCAGAAAAUUUCCGGUAAAAGUUAUACUAGUAAUCCUGUAGGUAGGUGGCGAUACCAGCGAAGCUCGGAGCGGAUAGAAAAAGACAGCAAAUACAAAAUAAGUGAUUGAUGUGAUCGUUCAUGGGUAUUCUUUCAUUUUUCCGACUGUAUACGCUCUGAGCUUCGCUGGUGUCGCUCCUAGCGGUUACUAAUUCAACUUUUACCGGUAAUUUUUAAAUUUAUUAUUUAAUUGUUAUCGCUUAAUAUUUACAACGCAAAAAAGUAAUUAAAUUGUAAUCGAUUUUUUUAAGAUUUUUCUAAUCAUUUUGACGUUCUAUUGAUAAAAUAUCAAUUUCUUACUUCGGAUACUUUGACAAUAAUCGUGUAGAUGGCGCUAAGAUUAUAAUAGAUUAUAAUUAGAUAUUACGGAACAUUAAAAAAACUUAAAUUCAGUAUUUAAAACGUAAGUAUAUUUAGGUAAAAAUAUAUACCACAGCUUUGACCAACUAAUAUUGUUUAUAAUUAAUGUUUUUAAUUUUAAUUUUAAAUCAAUCACUUUGACAUUUAUGUCAAAUUUCCGGUAAACGUUUACAAACUUGUCACUACUGGCGUUCGCGAAUUUGUAAAUAUCCCCUCUACGUACGAGCUCACAGCGUAUAUAUCUUUUUCUUUGCUUUGACAUAUGUCAAAAUCUUUUCGUUUUAAAUUAAUAGGAUUUUUGGAUCUUUUACAAUAAAGAUUAGUUUACCCGCUGCUGUCCAAGUUAUUAAUAUUAUUCUGGUUAUUUCUGCAGUUUAAUUUUCUUUUUCUUGUUUUAUUUUAUGUCCAAAUUACACAUAUAGACGAAGCAACGAAGCAAUAAACCUAAGAAUUUUGUGCAGUAAGAUGAAUCGUCAUGCAACUUUUUGCAUUCGAUUCGUGAGAGAGUCAGGCAAUUUUGUGAACUAAAUUGAUCUCCGGCAAACAUUUUUGUGCAUGAGAAAAAGCAUCUUCAAAGCAUCUCGAAGAGAUGGAAAAUAAAAAAUUUAGGACUCAGAAAAUAUUGACGGAAAUGAGUUUAAUUUUUAUACUUGGGAGUUUUGGAGGUCACUGAACACGAAUUUCAUGACGGCGAUGGUCUCCGAGGUACCUGGUGCCCAGGGUGGAAUUCGUCGCCUGGGACGACCGAAUAAUUCGCGGGACGAUCGAAUAAUUCGCGAAAUGAAGAUUGGAUCGAAAAAUUGAAAAAUACGUGUUAAAUAUUUUUCAAAAAUCUAUCGAAUGACACUAAACACGACCACCCCACUCCACCCCCUGGAGGUGGGAUGGGGGUAACUUUAAAAUCUUAAAUAGAAACCCCAUUUGUUAUUGCAGAUUUGGAUUGCUUACGUAAAAGUAAGCAACUCUUAUUCGAAACAUUUUUAGAAUUGUAGAUAGAUGGCGCUAUAAUCGGAAAAAACGAUUUUUUUCGUGAUACCAUAGGUAAAUUAUAGAAACGGUCUAAUAUCUCGAGAAAUAUUAUCUCCAAAUAAAAAACCAAAAAUACGUCUUUUAUAUUUUUUAAGAACCUAUCGAAUAACAUAAAACACGACCCUCCACUCCACCCCCUGGAGGUGGGGUGGGGUGUAACUUUAAAAUCUUAAAUAGGAGCCUUCAUUUUUUAUCGCAGAUUUGGAUUCCUUACGUAAAAAUAAGUAACUUUUAUUCGAGACAUUUUUUCGAAUUAUGGAUAGAUGGCGCUAUAAUCGGAAAAACACUAUUUAUUAGCGCCAUCUAUUAACAAUUGUAAAAAAUGUUUCGAAUAAAUAUUACUUAUUUUUUCAUGAGGAAUCCAAAUCUGCAAUAAAACAUGGGGAUUCCUAUUUAAGAUUUUAAAGUUAAGCCCCACUCCACCUCCAGGGGGUGGAGUGGAGAGUAGUGUUUGAUGUUAUUCGAUAGGUUCUUGAAAAAUAUUAAAUACUUAUUUGGAAGUGUAUUUCUCCAGAUAUAAGACCGUUUCUAUAAUUUACGUAUGGUAUCACGAUAAAUCGGUUUUUUCCGAUUAUAGCGCCAUCUAUCUACAACUCGAAAAAAAAUUCUCGAAUAAAAGUUGCGUAUUUUUACGUAAGCAAUCCAAAUCUGUAAUGGCAAAUGGGCGUUUCCGUUUAAGACUUUAAAGUUACCCCCACCCCACCUCCAGGGAAUGGAGUGGGGGGUCGUCUUUAGUGUCAUUCGAUAGAUUUUUAAAAAAUAUUUCAGUUUUUCGAUCCAAUGUUCAUUUCGUGAAUUAUAUUCGAUUGAUAUUCGAUCGUCCCGCGAAUUAUUCGAUCGUCCAAGGCAACGAGCUCCACCCUGGGCACCAGGUACCUCGGAGACCAUCGCCGUCAUGAAAUUUGUGUUCACUGACCUCCAAAACCCCCAAAUCUAAAAAUUAAACUCAUUUCCGUCAAUAUUUCCUGAGUUCUAAAUUUUUCAUUUUCCAUCUCUUCGAGAUGCACUUUGAAAAUGCAUUUUCUCACGCACAAAAUUUUUUGCCGGAGAUCAAUUUAGUUCACAAAAUUGCCUGACACUCUUAUGAAUCGAAUGCAAAAAGUAGCAUGACGAUUCAUCUUACUGCACAAAAUUCCUAGGUUUUGGGCUUUUUAGUGCUUCGUUGCUUCGUCUAAUAUUCUUCUACAUUUUCAAUCUUUCUGUCGUCAAGAGUGAUAUCUACUUCUUAACUUAGUUUUCUCAAUGUUCAUUUUUAGUCCUAGUCUCUCUAUAACAAACUUCUAUACAACUCAAAGAAGUAACGCCUACCCACAAUACUUUCUUGUUCACUCUUCCUUAUUAUUCGUUUGAUGCUUAAACUCUCUUUGGUCAGGUCUUUUAUAUAUUAAUGAAGUUUUUGAUGCGACUUAUUUUUAGUGUGUAUUUCAUAUAUUUAUUUCUAUAAAGUGUCAGAUAUCAACAUUUUAGGGAAACUUUUCCAUUUGGCAGAUAUUGAAUAUUUUACUGUACUUAUUUAUAAAUGGUGCCAAGGUAUUAAAAAUAUUUAUUUUUCUACAAAUACAACCAUAAAAGUACUAUCCGUUCAAAAAACGUUUUUAACUACGUUAUUCUUUCGCAUACUUCAUGAUUCAAUUAGAAUAUUUUUUUCUUAAAAUAAGUCUUAAUAGUUUACUUAAGUGCUUUAUCAGUGUCUUUGGAUAAAAAAUAACCCCAUUUUGAUUGAUCUCUAAAGACGUGUACUUUUUUAAAAAAUUAAUGCACCCACCCUCUCAAAAAUUAUGUUGUGGGACUUGUCUAAAUGUUAUACACUUAGUAAAGAGUGCAGCGUUAAUAGAUAAUUUGGCUAAAGUCCCUGAAACGGGGUCGAUAUUUUAAUCCGCUUAAAACCCUAAAAGGAAUGCGCCGAACUCAGAACAUCUAGAAAUGUUCGAUAUUCGAAGGCGCUGUUGCCAAAUCUACGGAAUGAAAAUAAAUGUUUUUUUUUAUUACUAAUUGAAUAUUUAUUAUCGUAAAUUUAUUUUAAAUAUGGUAUAAUAAUUACACGACAUGUUAAUAGACGAUUAGAAGUCAUACUCAAACCAAGAUACAGUAUAAAUAUAAAUUAGGAGGGGAGGAAUAUUCCCGAAUAUACUCUGUUCCGUUUUGUUCGCAGAAGCAAACAGAUCAGAUGCAUAUCAAUGGCAGCUAUGUACGCCAUUGCUCCCGCUUGGCGGCGCUAGUAUAAUUGGGGGUCAACGUUUUGACAAUUCGUGAAGUUUGUAUAUGGUGUUUUUGUUUACGAUUUAGUAAAUAAUAAAUUAUGACAGAAAAAUAAGGAUCUUGGACUGUUUUUACGUUGAAAAACGAAUAAAGUGAAGGAAUGCGAGAGUUACUGGAAAAAGGAAGCCCUUUAACAGCCUCUACUGUUUAUAUAGCCAUCUAUUUCCUAACUGCCCUGUCCCAGUUUCUUAGUCUCUUGUUGCCACAAGAUUAAAUUUAUAUUUUUUGGCUUCGUUUACUAGAUGCUUCAGUUUUCCUUCUGGAAUGAUUCUCUUAUAUGCCACGUCGCUAUUUUAACUAGUUCUUCUUUAUUGCCAUUAUCUCGUUUAUUAUUUUUCGAUUCUUGUUUCCGUUUUCUUUGCCGGGUCAUCUUUUGUUGGGUCUACUAAUACUGCAUUCAAUUUUAGUUUUUUGCAAUGUCUUCCUCUAUUCUUUCCAGCUGCUCCUUUUUUUAUUCCAUUUCCAUAAUUCAUUGUUUAUUGUCAGUCUUUGGUAUCCUGUUUUUGUGCUAUUUCCUUUGAUUUUCUCUUCCUUAGCAAUUCUUAUUUUGGCCAUUAUUUCUCUAUCCGUCUUUCGUCGGAUCAUCAUUUAUGUAUAUUCUUUCUCUCAGUUGCUUGGGGCUCAUCUUAUUUUGCAUUACUUUGGUCUUUUCUGUCUUGCUAUCCAUCUCUACCAAAUAUAUUUUGUCUCCCAGCUUUCUUGCUUCAUUAACGUUUACUUUUACUCGCAUUUCCUUUUUUAUGAAUUUUUCUACCUCAUUCCCUAGCAAGAGUGGUUGAUCGGUGUCAAUCUGCAAUCCUUGAAUUACAAUAUUUUUCCUUCUUCCCUUUCUUUCUAAUUUUUGUACUCUUUCGUUGGAUAUCUUUAAUUCAUUUCGUAAUUGAUUAAUAUCUUGAAGCGCCUUUUCAUUAAUUAGUUUCAGUUCUUCCAUUUUUUUUCGAUAUUCUUUUUGCUGGAAUGCGAGAGUUACUGGAAAAAGGAAGCCCUUAUCGAAUGGUAAGCUAUAUUAAUCAUCGUCUUAAUAUUUUAUUUCUAUAGCUCAGACCAAAAUAAAAAUAUUUAUGUUGAUCUAAGUUUUAUAGUGAAGUAUUCGAUUUUUUACAGUCGAAUCCAGGGGCUACGUAAUAUGAUUUAGCAAAAUGUUUAUUGCGGAUACGUGCAUUUAUUUUCAGAAGAUAUUUAUCCCUUCUUAUUGCUACAAUCCACUUUUUUAUCAUCAGAAUAUCUUUGGGAAACCUGUAUCCUGAUAUUUUCAAUAAACACAAAGGCACAGCACAACAUCGAGGCAUUUUAUUUUCUCAAAUUAAAUUCACACAGCGAAACAAAUAUGCAAUAUUUACUUAAAAUAUAUUGAUUUGAAUAGUUGACGUAAGUUGACGUGAUUGGUACACAAGCGCCAUCUACGUUGAGCUUUCCAGAUUAGCUGCCAUUACACUGGUGUAGGACUUAUAAUCCGGUACCGUUACAUUCGUAUCAUCUCUCUCAUGAAUUUAAACACAUAUUCUUCCACUUUUUAGUCGGCAAAACAAUGAUUUGCCAUUGUCAGUUGGUCAUAUGAAUAUAUGUUUAAUAUUGCCACAUGCUAAAAGUAUUCCUAAAUAUUAUUCAUCGUAGAAUAUAUAAAAAGUUAGAACAAGACAUUGGACAAACUCAGAUCGGAUUUAGAAAUGCUCAAGGAACUUAAGAAGCAUUAUAUGCAGUAAAUGUGCUAAUACAGAGAUGUUUAGACGUAAACCAGGAUAUCUAUGUCUGCUUCCUAGAUUAUAACAAGGCAUUCGAUACAAUAAAACAUAAUCCGUUAAUAAAACUACUGAGAACAAAGAACAUCGACACACGGGAUAUAAGAAUAAUAAUAGUCAUGGAUCCCGCGUACCGAUAAAAAGUUUAUUAAUAGUAAGCUGAAAAUUUGUUUAUAGCUUAAAGGUGUCUAGUCGGACAAACUUUGGUGUAAGGGAAUACUGGAACAGGGGAAGGUUUAAUUGCGGAACGUGAUAAACGUGUCAUCCUGACAAGUUUAUGAUUGUGAAAAAAUAGCAGGUUAUUUUUAAGUUUAUUCAAUAGUCAACGUUAUUUAUAAUAUAUGAAAAAAUGUUUGUCCGACAAAAAUAUUGGGCAUUUUAACAAGUCCGACACGUAGAACAUGUCAAAUGACAGGAAUUAUGUUAGUGAUAAAUAGCUGGUGAUAUUUAAAAUAAAUUUACGAUAAUGAAUUUUCAAUUAAUACUAGAAAGAACCAAAUUUAUUUUCAAUCCGUAGAUUUGGCAACAGCGCCUUCGAAUAUGAGCAUCAAUACCGGUUCCGAGUUGGCGCAUGCAACCUCUUUGGGUUUUAAGCGGAUUAAAAUCUCGACCCCGUUUCAGGGACUUUAUCCGAUAAUUUUAAUUUGGUUUUUUAAUCAAACCGCCUGAUUGUUGUUAAUGUUAUUGUUAAAUGUUGACACUUGUGGAGGAAAUGAUUAUAUAACGAGAAAAUAUUGAAGGGUUUCAGUAUUCACUUUUUGAAAAUUUAUGGUGUAGAAAAUUCAGCGGAAAUUCAGAAUCUAAGGGCUCCCGCUCCGAUUUUUGCGAUCUUUUCUGACCAUUUGCGAACAUGUUAAACAUAUAUGCACUUUUAUCCAUAAACUUCGAUUAACUGGCGAUGAAUGUCAAUAGGUGACAUCCAUUUUGCAUUUAAAAAACAUAUCACAGAAUGAAUUUCACAUUGACGGUAAUAGCGACCGGGACCUCCAUCUUCGAAGGCUGCUAGGCCGGCACUGAGCAAUGCAUUGAUGAGAAACUAGUGGGGUAAGAGAGAGGAAGAGUUGACGUGUAAGCAAUGUCGCCAGAUUUUCCCAGCACAGUUUUAUAUACAGAAAAAUAUUUAAAAUCAAAAUUGCAUCAUUCUUACAGUAAAUUUUACGAUAUUUUCUCGUUACAUAUAAUAAAAUACAUUAAUAGAACUAAAUGUUGUGUACCAUAGUUUGUAGAGUAGAUAUUGUUAAGGGGUUUAUGGUAUCGAGGGGAAGAAUUCUUUAUUUUUUGUGCGAUUUUACAGCUUGUAACUUUUUUAUGUUCAAUAAAAGUGUGGCAAAUCAUAUUUUGGCGUUUUAAAUUUUUCCUGCAUUCAUGCUACAAGAAACUUAUGCAACGUUUGUCUUCACAAUUUCUUUAACCUAUAUACAUGGUUAAAAUAAUGUGGACGAUAAAGAUAAGACAUGUUUUAAUGAAGAGAAUAAUAAUUUUAUUGCUACAAACAACUACUAAGCAAAAAGUACUAAACAAAGGUUUUCAUUUUGAA